AUGAAAUUGAUGAGGAAGAGGAAGGGGGGCAAAUGGCCAUCGUUCUCGUCCUUGAGAUCUCAACUUUCCUCUGAUGGAGACGAUAUUGCCCGUGACCGGAAGAAGUGCCGAGAGGAGCCAAAGACUUCUUUGGAACAUGAUGGUCCUUGCAAACAGGGCUACCGGACCACCGGGGUCGUGCUGACAGCCCCUGCUUGCAGUGGUUCAUCUUUAUCCUCUGAUGUACCUCUAAGGGGUCUAAAGAGAAAACUCGGGUGCAUCGAGCCCGCCACUCGUAUUGGCCGCAAGAAAAAGCUAGAAAAAGAGUAUAUCCUUGGUCGGGAGAUUGGUCAAGGAAAGUUUGGUUCUGUCAGGUUGUGCCGAAGUACUGCCACCGGAGAGGAGUUUGCAUGCAAGACACUUCCCAAGAAUGGGGAGGAAACUGUUCACCGGGAAGUAGAGAUUAUGCAGCAUCUCUCUGGACACCCUGGUGUGGUGACAUUGAAUGCAGUCUACGAUGACUCAGAUAACAUUUACUUGAUUAUGGAGCUGUGCUCUGGUGGGCGGCUACUUGAUCAGAUCACUCGGGAAGGGACUUACUCCGAACAGAAAGCUGCCAAAUUAUUAAAGGAGCUGAUUCUGGUCAUCAAAUAUUGUCAUGAUAUGGGAGUUGUACACCGAGACAUAAAACCAGAGAACAUCCUGUUGACAACAUCAGGGAAGAUGAAACUUGCUGAUUUUGGUUUGGCCGUUCGGGUUACUAAUGGUAAUAAAUGCUUCCUUUACUGGCCCCCUCUUAAAAAUGUUUGCUCCAUGCUAUGGAUCUUGAUGAGAUUAUUGCAGGAUCUCCUAUUUUUCUUGGAUGCACUUGGUUCUUACGAAGUUGUCCAUUUUUUGGUACCUUUUUCCUGGCAUGUGACGGUUGCCUUGAACGGGCAGAAAAUGCAUGGUGUAAUUAGAUUUACUUCGAUAGUCAGUUUCUACUCUUAUCCUAUAUCAGCAUUGUGGUGGUAGCACGAUCUGAUGCUACAGUAUUGUGAAAAAUAUGAAUGUUGCUUUUAAUGUAUAUAUUAAAUAUUCAAAAAGUUCAUUAUUGUGGUCAAUGAUGAUAAGUUUGUCUUGGUUACAUUAGUUUGCGUUCUCUUUCUGAGUAAAAGGAGAAAACAUGGAAAUGCCUCAUGGCCAUUUUGCACUUCGCCUCAUGGGCAAAAGGUUGCAUUUUUCACUGUGAUGGAGAUAUUCGCCUGUGAUUGAUUUUAUCUGAUAUGUUGUGUUUCUCUCUGGAGUUCAUGGCUCAAGCAAUUGUUCUAGUUUCAUACUUGGAGCAUUGAAAAAUUCACUUAUCUGUAAUAACUGUAUGUUUUGUUUUUUUUCAUUCUUGAUGGAUGUAGGAUGUGCGCGUACUGAUGCGGUUUCUUUGUCACUGAAUGGGUUUAGCUAAACGGGCUCCCCUAGACUUAUGACCUUUGUCUAAUUGUGUUUAUUUCCUCGGGCUCCACUGAAUGGGUUCUAGUUUUAUUUUGCCAAAAGUGGUUUAUUUUCUUUCAUGUAUCAGCAUAACUGAUAUGAAUAUUCCUAGAGUUUGUUUUCAUAUUCUCAAGUCAGAUCCAUGUGUUCAUAAAGAUGUUCUAGAUAGAGAUUGCUUAUUCCAUUAAAAGAAAUAAAUAGUGGUCAGAGGUCAUAUCUGUCUGGAAAGUGAUAGACAUAUAUAUAUAUAUAUAUAUUUAAUAGAAAUGCAUAUGCCCGAGAAAUAUUAUGUGUAACAUUGUGGUUUGAUUACUUCAUGAGAAGGAUGAAGAAGCAGGUUGGUGGCCGCGGUGGGCCACCCAAUUUUUAUAUCAAUAAUCGUAUAUUAGCAUGUGCUUUUACAGAGAUACUGCCCAGCAGAACUGACUGUUGUAGUUUUUAAUUGGUUGCCUAUUGACGAACCUGUAUGUUAUACCUUUUCACCUUUAGCUUUUCUGACAUUUUGCAUCAGCUGUUAUGGCUUAGCAAGGGGAACUUGUUUGUGUCAUGUUGAUCUCUCUUCUAGCCCAAAUAUUUUAUGCACUUCUUUCCUUUAUUUGCUUGAUUGUCUCAGAGAAAGUCUUAAUGCUAUUUGCUUUUCUCUGUUUCACACUUCAAUCUAUGUUCUUCCUACACUACACACUUUUAGAUUAAGAACUUGAUUACAAGUUCGUGUGGUGACCACAGUGGAUUCGGAGCUUCCGUGCUGCCAGCCAUCAACUUUUAUUUACAUGAAAAGCCAGGCAUAUUACGUACUUGUCAAAAGAGACAUAUUCAUGCGUUUCAUCUCUAUAAUAUGCCAUACUGUACAACCUAAAAAACUCUUGAAUAAAAUUGUUCUUUUUGUCACGUUGCACUUGGAGGCAUGUCUUGUCAGUCAGUAUAUUUUCAAAAUAUGAACAAUAUCUUCAAUAUGAGCGAUCUCAACUGUUAUGCUAACCUUUCUUUCUUGCACUUGUGACAAAAUUUUAAAAUCCGACAGGCCAGAAGCUGUCUGGUAUGGCUGGCAGUCCGGCCUAUGUCGCCCCAGAGGUUCUAUGCGGCCAUUACUCUGAGAAAGUGGACAUCUGGGGUGCAGGCGUUCUCCUACACUUGCUCCUCGUUGGGACCCUCCCCUUCCAAGGAGAUUCACUUGAAGCUGUUUUCCAAGCCAUAAAAACAGCCGAUCUUAAUUUCCGCGCCGGGCUCUGGGAGUCUGUCUCGGAACUUGCCAGAGACCUUGCUGGUCAGAUGCUGAGAAGAGAUGUUACUUCAAGGAUCACUGCUGACGAAGUGCUCAGUAAGCAGAUAUUCACACCGAUCCUGCAUUUCACACCGAUACUGCUUCCUUCUCUCUUUUUCAGCUAAGGUGAUUCUCACUUGGCAGGACACCCCUGGAUGCUUUUCUACACAGAGGGGCCCACCAAGGUGCUUCCUCUUAGAUCUGGGCCCAUUGUCAGAUGUGGAGUCAAGCCUAAGUGGGUCAUGUCGGACAGCCGCCUUCUCGACGGCAGCUCGGCUUCCUCUUCUGGGAGCUCAGAUGAGGCGGAGGACCAUGGCCUCGUCGAUGUGCUGGCCGUCGCCCUAUCUCACGUGAGGAUCUCCGAGCCAAAGCGCAGCAGACUCUGUGUGCCGGGCAGCCCAGUUCGGCAGGAAUACUCUUCAAAUCUGAAGGCUAACCUCUGUGCAGCAUUCUAA